CAAAGAAAACUCAAUUCCUUAUCAUUUUUUCUUUCUUGUGCUUCUUAAUUAGAAGAACACUCUAGACAUUUGACCCUUUUAAAAAUUCAACCUAAGCCCUCAUAUAUAUUAAAAUCCCCUCAACACCAUCCUUAUAGUACUUAUUAUUAUAUAUAGCUUUCUUCAUUUUAUCACAAUCUUCACUACUUAACUCUCUCUCUCUCUCUUUCAAAAAAUAUUAUUAGAUAGGACAUAUAUGGGAACUCUUGUAGGACACGUGGCACCAGGGUUGGGAUUCCUCCUCAUUGGAUUAUGGCACCUUUUCAACCAUAUCAAACUUCAUGUACUUCAUCCAAAUUCUUACAUAGCUCAACCUUGGUUCCCAACCUUAAAACCUACCAAGUACAACGAGCUAAUCCUCAUCAUGAUUGGCUCGAUGGCCUCGGUUGCCAUGGAGCUCUUCAUAGGCCCCGAGCGACACCAACCACUCGACCAUGAUGGCACCAUCCCUACAAACCAUCUCCACAAUUUCGAGCACUCUUUUAUUUCUCUCACCUUUUUUGCAUACUCUCUUAUUUCCAUUCUUCUCGAUCGUGCUGAAAUACCUAAUAAGACAGUGACACAACAUGGCAUGACACAAUUAAUGGGAGCGGUUGCCUUUGCACAACAACUCCUCCUCUUCCACCUCCACUCUGCUGAUCAUAUGGGACCAGAGGGACAAUAUCACUUGCUACUCCAGCUCGUGAUUCUUGUCUCUCUGGUCACAUCUCUAAUGGGAAUAGGGCUACCGAAGAGUUUCUUAGUGAGUUUUGUUAGGUCUCUUAGCAUUUUGUUUCAAGGGGUUUGGCUUAUGGUGAUGGGGUUUAUGUUAUGGACACCAUCCUUGAUUUCCAAAGGGUGUUUCAUGCACUAUGAGGAAGGUCAUCAUGUGGUGAGAUGCUCAGGAGAAGAGUCUCUUCAUAGAGCAAAGUCUUUGGUCAACCUUCAAUUUAGUUGGUUCUUCAUUGCAAUAGCAAUUUUUGGGGUGUCACUCUACUUGGUUUUGGCAAAGGUUUAUGGCCAAAAAGUUGAGUAUUUUUCAUUGGGAUUCAAUGAAGAGGAUAAAGAUGAGGAUCUUGAAUCUCAAAAGAAAAAUCAGCUUGAAAUUAGAAAAUCCAAAAGUUUUGUUGAAAUGGGAAAAGUUGAUCUUGGGCCUAUUGACAUAGAAAGAUAGAAAUUGAAAAGUAUUUUUUUAAAAUAAUAAAAAAAAUACUAUUGUUGUUCCUUGAAGGAUUAGACAUAUGGUUAGGUAUGUAUGUGUAAAUAAAUAAAUUAAUUAGCUAGGUUGGUGGGUUCCAUCCUAGGGGAAAAAAUUAAUUAAGCCAGUAAUUAUAAAUUAAUUAAUAAUUAUUAAGGCUUGAUCUAAUUUUAAUCAUUGGAGAGAAAAUUGGUUUCGUGUUGUCAUUAUUAAAUUGUUAUGAAUUGAUUUGGUUUUAAUUAUAUAGUUAAUAGGGUAUAGUUUAUUAUUUUGCUUGUGCACAUGUACAUGUAAAGAAGAGAUGAGAGAGUGAGUUUUGAAUAUAUUCGAAAACCACCAACUUGUAAAUUAUGUAAAGAAACUUCUUGUAAUGACUAUAAUCAUUAUAUAAUUCACUUAUUAUUAUUUAUAUA